AUGUCUGAACCUCUCACCAAGGUCGACUCGGCCGUUCAAGGCCUGUCAUCAUCACCGCCCAAAGAGAAGGGCCAUAGGAGAUCAAGCUCUAGCGCGGCUGGUGUCAUGACCAUUGCUGAAAUCAAUGAAAGCCAUGCGCCUCUAGAACUCGCAAUAGAGACACAGCAGACAGCGUGGAAAAUAAAUCAGCGGCCCAAGGAUCUUGACAAUGACCAGCUGCUACAGCUUCCCCUCACCAAGCCUCCCAUCAAGAGCAUAACAUUGAAGUUCCCCCAUGGCAAAGAGGUCGUGGCUCGCAACCUGAAGGGCCUGACAAUAGGUGACGCCCUGUCGGCCAUCCACAAGGCGAACAAGAACCGAGCCGAUGAUGAGCUUGAUAACCCAUAUCUCAAGGGCUUCGCAUGGGAUCAGGGCGAGACCUACUUUGAAGUACAUCUCCAGAGCCAGCCGGCGACGGGCUCGUCAAGCGGCGGUGGCGGUGGCAAGAAGAAGAAGAAGAGCAAGGACAAUGACGAGUAA